AUGGAUGGUAACGUGGUUCCUUGUACGUGGAGGCCGCACAGCCGCGCAUACCAACAACCACAAGAUCACUGCGCGUCUAAAUUUGCGCUUUCUCUGGUGCCAACUACCCAGCUAUUGAUAUAUAGCUCGGUGGUAAAGCUUGGGACGUGGGGCGGCGACGGUGGCAGCGCCUGCGACCUCACGGUCGCGCCGCAGCGGCUGGAGAGCAUCACCAUCCGCUGGGGCAAGGUCAUCGACUGGAUCGCCUUCUCCUACCGUGACCGGAGCGGGAAGCUUCACACCGCCGGGCCCUGGGGCGGCAACGGCAAAGGAGAGGGCACGGAGACGAUCACGCUGGAGCCCUCGGAGUAUGUAACGGGAGUUGCCUGGUCAGUGGGCCCAUUCACGUUCAAGAACGUGGAGUGUUGCAUCACCUCCAUCAAGGUCGUGACCAACCUCCGCAGCUACGGGCCUUUCGGCCACGGAGUAGACAGCACGCACCACAAUCUGCCCGUGCUCAACGGCAGCGUCGUCGGCGUGUUCGCCCGCGCAGGAGAUUUUCUUGACGCCAUCGGUUUCUACAUCCUCCCAGCUGCCCUCCCUGCUACGAAACCUACGGAAGCUGACCAAGAAGAAAAAGAGAAGGAGAAAUCUGGCCAAGAAGAAAAAGAGAAGGAGAAGGAGAAAUCUGGCCAAGAAGAAAAAGAGGAGAAGGAGAAAUCUGGCCAAGAAGAAAAAGAGAAGGAGAAUUCUGGCCAAGAAGAAAAAAAGAAGGAGAAAUCUGUCCAAGAAGAAAAAGAGAAUGGAAAAUCAUAA